AUGUCACCUGGCUAUCAGUUUGUAGACCGUUUAAGAUUGCACGACCCACACCAUGGAGGUUUAAUCAUUUUUUUCCGAUCAAUUUUUAGAUAUAAAAAGAUCACUCUGCCACUGGUUACUGCUUUCGAGGUUCUGGCGGUGAAACUUAAAAUUAAUGAAUUAGAUUAUAUCCUACUGGCAAUUUACAGACCUGGAUCUGAACAAUUAACGACAUCAUUUUUUGAUGAACUGAUUUCGGUCUUAGAAUGUGUUACAAUCAUUAGUUCCCGUAUUUUGUUAGCGGGAGAUUUUAACAUUCACACGGAGAAGUCGAACAAUCCAAACGUUGUUAAUUUACGUGAAAUAUUUGAAAUGUUUCAGUUGAUCAACCACAUAGAUGAACCAACGCAUAUUCUAGGAGGAACGCUCGAUCUGAUUGUGACGUCACACAAUAUAGCGGUCAGUGAAGCAAAGGUUUAUCCUAGUGGAAUCUAUUCUGAUCAUGGUUUGGUACAGGCUUUCAAACAUUUCACGCACUCAAAACACUCCGUUCACAUGGUCUCAGAGGCAUCAAAUUAUUCGACAUCACCGAAUCACUCAUCAUCUUACGCAUCAAAUAUGCAGCUCCCUCCUGGUCUGGUUUUGCCACGCAACAACAACUUCAGCAGCUACAAUCUCUCAUCAAAAAACUAA